ACCUUCAUCUUCACCUUUGCCUUGUUUUAUAAAAUCUCUCUCCUUACAGCUAUAGUCAAGGUUAAAUCAAAAACCUAAUUACAAUAGCUACAAACACACAAUUAAUCCCAAAAAUCAAACUCAACUUUAUAAUAUCAAGAAUCGUCAUUAACAACAUCAUCAUCAUGAGUAGCUCUAGCUCUAGCUCUGGCUCUGGCUCUCCUUGUGGAGCCUGUAAGUUCCUUAGGAGGAAAUGUGCAAAGGGAUGUGUGUUUGCUCCAUACUUUUGUCAUGAACAAGGAGCUUCACACUUUGCAGCCAUUCACAAGGUCUUUGGAGCUAGCAACGCAUCUAAAUUGCUUUCUCAUCUUCCCACUGGUGAUCGCUGUGAAGCCGCCAUUACAAUCUCUUAUGAAGCUCAAGCCAGGCUUCAAGAUCCCAUCUAUGGCUGCGUCUCUCAUAUAUUUGCUCUCCAGCAACAGGUUGUGAAUCUACAAGCACAGCUUGAGAUUCUAAAGCAACAAGCUGCACAAAGCAUGAUGUUUUCUGAUUCACCAUCAUCCGAAAAUCCUAAUAGUUAUUAUGGAGACACUACUAAGACUCCUUAUCAUCAAGAUCAUCACAAUAUUUAUCAUCACCAUGAUCAGACGACCCACUUGGUUAACCAAACCAGAAGUUCCGGGAUGAUUCACCACGGGGAUGCCACGGCGAAUAGUUACCCCACCGAAAACUCCUCAGGGAUCGGGGAAUUCUCCAUCUACUCUGAGUUGGGACAACACUUGAACACUUUCAAUCAAGAUCAUCUCAAAGAGCUUCAAUCAGAAAAUUUCGGUUACAUCUCCUUCUCUUGAUGGUUCUGUCAAGACAUGGGUCGAUUCUUAUCAAUAUCUCAUAUUUAUAUAAUAUAUAUAGCUUAUAUAUGUGUUAAGACUUUUUGGUGGUUGUAGUCUCGAUUGAUGAUGUUGCUGCCUAGCUCAAAGAACCGGCUUUGUAUUCAUAAAUAAAAAAAUAUGCUAGGUGCCC